AUGGGUGGCCAUCUUGUGCGUGAUCCCGACUUCUUCAUUCCAGAUGAUCUACAUGUCUUCGUGGUUGAAGGGACACUCUUCAGAGUGCAUCGAUUGCGGCUCUCAGAGCACUCUCAGGUCUUCGCGGACAUGUUCUCCGUCCCGCAACCUGACUGCGAGAUGCGAGAUGGUGCAGACGAAGAACAUCCCAUCUCCCUGGCGGGCAUAACAGCUGCCGAUUUCAAGUGCUUUCUCAGGAUCGUGUACGAACAGCUGCAAGCGGACUCCGAUCUUAGCCACGCCGAGUGGUUAGGUGUCCUUUGCGUGGCGCAUCGUUUCAAUUGCCCCGCCAUUCAUGCCCGCGCCGCUAGGCAGGUGACCCGUAUGCCAGUACGACCUGAUCAGGCUGUUCGCCUCCUGGGUUGCGCAGAGGCGCACGGCCUUGACGUGCGGUUCCUCGAACAGACGUUGACAACGGUCAUAACACGUCCGGAGCCACUGUCGCCAGACGAGCUCGAAUGCAUAUCUCUGGCGCUCGCAGCGCGCAUUGCUCGCGCGCGAGAAAGAUGGGCUCGACUGGACAGCCUCCAUACAAACUCCCCAACGCCAAGUCAACCCGGACAGCGGAUGAAUGCCAAAUGCGCAUACAACUACGAUAUCUUCGAUCCGCCACCGUGCGAGCAUUGCGGUGCUCGAACCCAUCGUAGCCCAAAGCCGGAGUCAAUCAUCACAGAAGGAUGGGGGGCCAGGGAUAGCAGCCGUAUUGGUGCUGCUGUAUUCUAUUCGCCUUGA